AUGUGUGGGGGCCUCCGUCCCGUGUGCGCUGGCCGGCUGGCAGCCGAGGGGGACCCCGGGCUCUGCAAGUGGGCCCUGCACUUGUGCCCACCUCCCCCUCUCCACAGCACCUCUGCUCUCCGGCCGGCCGUCUCCAAGAGGCCCAGCAGCUUCCCGGGUCCUGACAGCAGCCGGGGCCAAGCUGGGGGCCGCCAGGGCUGCCGACCGCGGGGCUGGCUUGGGAGGGCACCGAGCGUGUUGGGCCUCUGGAGCCCCCGCCAGGCUCACAGGGCCGCAGUCACACACGAAGACAAGCCGUCUGAGGUCCACGGGCCCCACUCAGCUCCGCCAGGGCCGCACGCGGACGCUCGGGAACCCCAGGCCUUACGGGGCCCCUGGUUCCUGAGGCAACCCCCAGAGCUGCUCUGCGCCCAGCACGCCUCCGUGUCCCUGGAGAUUCGUGGCCUCCCCACGCCUGUCCCCUCGAGCGGCCAGGAGCUGAGCGUCACAGAGCGCGGGGACGCUGGGCCCCUUCCCCCAGCCUCGCGCCACCCUGCAGCUUCCCGCAAGGAUGUCCCCCGGGCCCCCGGCAGCUCGGUGUUGCUCCCAGCUGUGACCAGUAGGCGAGGCUCCGCAGCCGGGAGCCGAGGGCUGGGGAGGCCACACUGGGUGUCCCAGGGGAGCCUCUGCGAGCUAGGACCUGCCAAGGAAGGCCUCCGGAGGAAGCGUCCAAGCCCCGAGCUGACACCCUCCUGCUCCCUCCUGCAAGGGAGGAUGGAGCUGCCAGCCGGGGCCCCUCCACUGCUGAUGUUCACGCAUCUCAGGUCGGACUUCCCACCAGCUCUGCAUUCGCGGCGUCAGCGGGGAGAGCUCCGGGCCGGCCGCACACAGCAGAGGGCAGGCGGCAGGCGGGUGGGCACAGCUGAUGCCCUGAGCUCCCGGGCCCUUGGCUUCUCCUGGGCUCCAGAAGGGACCACCCCCAGGAUGAACCCCCCUUCGGGGCCCGGUGCCCAGGAGCCCGGCUGCGUGGCCACCGCAGCGUCGCCCGGCAGGUGGCACGGCUCCCCGCGCAGCACCGUCGGCCUGGACCAGGCACUGCCCACGGGUCCCACGGCAGCCGGGGCCCGGGCUGCGGCCUGGGCCCCCUUCCCAACGGUGGAUGUCCCAGACCACGCCCACUACAUCCUGGGCACCGUGAUCCUGCUGGUGGGGCUCACGGGGAUGCUGGGCAACCUGAUGGUCAUCUAUACCUUCUGCAGGACCAGAGGCCUCAGGACACCCUCCAACAUGUUCAUCAUCAACCUCGCUGUCAGCGACUUCUUCAUGUCCUUCACCCAGGCGCCCGUCUUCUUUGCCAGCAGCCUCCAUAAGCGGUGGCUCUUUGGGGAGGCAGGCUGCGAGUUCUACGCCUUCUGCGGGGCUCUGUUCGGCAUUACCUCUAUGAUCACCCUGACGGCCAUCGCUCUGGACCGCUACCUGGUCAUCACGCACCCCCUGGCCGCCGUCGGGGUGGUGUCCAAGAGGCGGGCGGCGCUCGUGCUGCUGGGCGUCUGGCUCUAUGCCCUGGCCUGGAGUCUGCCGCCCUUCUUCGGCUGGAGUGCCUACGUCCCCGAGGGGCUGCUGACCUCCUGUUCCUGGGACUACAUGAGCUUCACGCCGUCGGUCCGCGCCUACACCAUGCUGCUCUUCUGCUUCGUGUUCUUCCUGCCGCUGCUGGUCAUCGUCUACUGCUACGUGUUCAUCUUCAGGGCCAUCCGGGAGACAGGCCAGGCUCUCCAGACCUUCAGGGCCUGUGAGGGCGGGGCCAGGUCCCCCCGACAGCGGCAGCGGCUACAGAGAGAGUGGAAGAUGGCCAAGAUGGAGCUGCUGGUCAUCCUGCUCUUCGUGCUCUCCUGGGCCCCCUACUCUGCCGUGGCCCUGACGGCUUUCGCUGGGUAUUCGCACGUCCUGACGCCCUACAUGAACUCCGUGCCAGCCGUCAUCGCCAAGGCCUCCGCCAUCCACAACCCCAUCAUUUACGCCAUCACGCACCCCAAGUACAGAAUGGCCAUUGCCCAGCACCUGCCCUGCCUGGGGGUGCUGCUGGGUGUGUCAGGCCAGCGCACGGGUCCCUACGCCAGCUACCGCUCCACCCACCGCUCCACCCUGAGCAGCCAGGCCUCGGACCUCAGCUGGAUCUCCGGACGCAGGCGCCAGGCGUCCCUGGGCUCCGAGAGCGAGGUGGGCUGGAUGGACACCGAGGCAGCAGCUGUGUGGGGGGCUGCCCAGCCAGCGGGCGGGCGCUUCCUCUGCACUCAGGGCCUGGAGGACGCGGAGGCCAAGGCCCCUCUCAGGCCCCGGGGACAGGCGGUGGAGACGCCUGGGAAGGUGGUGACGACGGCGACGGCGGCGUGGGACCCGCCUUUGCACCCGGGCUGGGCGUUUCAGUGACAGGGACAAGCCUGCAGCCGAGCUGCCCCUCUGCUCGCCCCUGUGGCCCACGCUCCCCUACACAAGCGCCUCUGCACCCACACCAUGCACAAGCGUGCACACAUCCCGCCUGCGCUUUGCCUCCAAUCCGUGGUCCAAGUCGCCCCAGGGGCACGGCUCCAGCGGCGGAGGGAAAUAAAGAGCAGACAAAUUCUCCCCAA